CGUAUGUCAUAUCAAAAUCCAGCCUUGCGUGCUGGGCCCUGCAGUGUUCACCUGCUCGCUGAAACGGGAUGGAGCAGCUGAUAGUCGCGCUGUAGCUGAGAGACGUCCGGCUGUGGGGAGCAAUGACAGAGGUGACCAGAGAGGUGUUUGGACACUUGCCCCAGAAGGGAGGAAGAGGAGGGGCUGUUGAAAAGUUCCUGCUGAAAUCAGACAGUGUUAAAGUGGAGAUUAUCUCCUUAGGCUGUAUAAUCACUGCACUGGAAACCAGAGGCAGGGAUGGGAACCUCUCCGACAUUGUCCUGGGCUUUGAUCGCUUGGAAGGUUAUCUCAACAAACACCCCUAUUUUGGAGCCACUAUUGGGCGAGUUGCUAACAGAAUUGCUAACGGGAAAUUCACAGUGGAAGGAAAAGAGUAUCAGUUGGCCCUCAACAACCCACCCAACAGCCUGCAUGGAGGGAACAAAGGGUUUGACAAGGUUCUCUGGACCCCGGAGGUGCUGCUAAAUGGCAUACGCUUCUCCAGAACGAGCCCAGAUGGCGAGGAAGGAUAUCCUGGGGAACUAAAAGUCUGGGUGACCUACACGCUCGAUGGUGGGGAACUCGUGAUAAACUACCGAGCUCAAAGCAGCAACACUACCCCUAUUAGCCUGACAAACCAUGCCUACUUCAAUCUAGCAGGCCAGGGAUCACAUGAUAUCUACAACCAUGAGGUCUCCAUAGAAGCAGACUCUUACUUGCCUGUGGAUGACAGCCUGAUCCCUACUGGAGAGGUGGCUGCGGUGCAGGACACCGCUUUUGAUCUGAGGAAGCCGGUAGAGCUUGGAAGACACAUGCAGAAGUUUCAGCUCCCUGGCUUUGACCAUAACUUCUGUUUGGAACGGUCGGAGGCUCGACGCUACUGUGCAAGAGCACACCAUCCUCCUAGUGGCAGGACGAUGGAAGUUUAUACCACUCAGCCUGGGAUCCAGUUCUACACUGGAAAUUUCCUGGACGGCUCGCUGGAGGGCAAAGGGGGCUCUGUGUAUCCCAAGCAUUCAGCCUUCUGCCUUGAAACACAGAACUGGCCAGAUGCGGUUAAUAAGCCCCAUUUCCCCAGUGCACUGCUGCGGCCAGGAGAGGAGUACAACCACACAACUUGGCUCAAGUUUACUGCAGCUUGAGGAGUCACCUCUGCAGCCACAAGGAGAAAUUCAUCACAAAGUGCUCUGAGUACGGGGGAGGGGAGCAGGGGAAAUCACUGAAAACAGCAGCAGGAGCUUUCAAACUUCUCCAGCACAGGCAGAGGUGACGGGGCCGGGACGUCUCCUAAGGACGGAGUUUGUAAAAGCUCUCAACUCUGGCUUGACGGCUCCCAUUGGAAUCACUGGUAAAUCUCCCCUUGAUGUCAAUAGAGGGAGAGUUAGGCCAGCGCUGAGGCCCUGAUCCCCAAAGGGACGUGCACACCUAACUGCCAUUGAUUUCAAUAGGAGUUAGGAACUAAAUACGUUUGAAACCUGCCCCUUAGUCGAUACAAAACUUGUCUUCCUCAUCUAUCAAUUGGACCGUGUCAAGCCUCUUUUAAACUCCUCUCCCCUUUCUCCUUCCCCAUGGAAUCAAGUUUAAACGUUUUGUCCUGUCUUCCUUCCCGGCCAUGCAAUCUUCACUCAGGGGACAAGCUUGUCUUUGAGUGAGUCAUUCCCACUUGCCCUGUCAAUUCUGUCACGUUUGUCUCUUCCCACUCCCCCAUCAGUGCUUCCUUCUGCACCAUCCCUUUUGCCAUUCAAGUGCUAACUAAAACCUCACUUCUGUGAACCAAAAAUAAAUCUACCCACUAUUCCUUCUUUCUCUGUAUCUGUAUUUUAGGCCUGGUCUACACCAGAAACUGUUACCUGUGUAUCGGUUAGGGGUGUGAUGUUUUACCAGUAGUUAUACCAGGAAAGGCACGAGUGUGGAUGCAGGUAAACCAACAUAACACAGAUGUACUUAUUUCCCUCUCAUCUAGGUAUAAAACAGUCCAACUUACUAGUGUAGAGAAGCCCCCAGAGAAAGAACUGCCUUUGUAAGGGUAGCUCAUACUCAUACAAGUAGGGGCUGAAGCCAGGGGGUCUAUGGCCUACAUCCUCAAAAGCAUUCAGCUACUUAACUCCCAUGGGCCUAUGUGCAGGACUAAGGCCAGGUCUCCACAACAAGCUUUAGCCAGUGUAGCUAUGUUGGGCAGGGUUUCUGUUCCCUAUACUGGUACUUACAGACUGAUCAAAUUACUCCAUCUUCUCUUCUGUAAACUAAACAGAUUGAGCAUCUUGAGUCUUUGACUAUAAGGCAUGUUUUUUAAUCAUUCUCACCGCUCUUCUCUGCACACUCUCCAAUUUUUCAGUAUUCUUGAAUUGUGGAGACAGACCUGGACAGACUCUUCCUGUAGUAGUUACAUCAGUGCCAAACACAGUGAUAAUAUAACCUCCCUAAAUCUAUAGUCCCAUUUAUACACUCAAGGAUCACAUUAGCCCUUUUGGCAACAGCAUCAUGCUGGAACCUCAUGUUCAGCUGAUUAUCCACUGUGAUCCCAAAUCUUUGCUUCCUAGGAGAAUCCCCCAUCUUGUGAGCAUGGCCUUGGUUCUUUGUUCCUAGAUGUAUGACUUUAGAUUUGGCUAUGCUGAAAGGCAUAGUUUGCUUGUGCCCCGUUUACCAAGCAAUCCAGCACGCACUCUAUCAAUGUCCUCUUCAUUAUUACCACAGUGCUCCCGUCUUUGUGUCAUCUGUAAAAUGAUCAGUAAUGAUGAUUCCCACUCAGCCCCUACUUCUUACUAUAAUUGUUGCCUGGUUCUCUCCCACUGAACAUUCUCCUCCCAGCUCUAAGCCUGCAGGUUUUCAUGGGCAGUUAGUUUCCUCUUGAACUUGGUCUACAUGCACAAGUUACACUACCAAAAAAAAAAAGUGUUAAACUCGUGCAGCAAAACUCUGUGCUGACUUGUUUCAGUUUAAGGGUUUGUCAUUCCAGUUUAGU